UGGUUACAGACAGGUAUUUUCUGCACUCCGCUUCAGUCCACACGCGUGCUUUGGUGCGGCAGAGCAGAGAGUGCUCGUACCUCCAUGGGCUGUCUCACUGCACAGCUUUAAUCGAAGUUUUACACAAGUUUUUAUUUAUUGAAACUAAAAACUCCUCGUGAUGGCAAAGCGAGCCGCGCGACAGAGGAACCAGCUGCCACCUUGUUACUAUGAAGGAUACCUGGAGAAGAGGUCGUUCAAAGACAAGACAUCACGGAAACUGUGGACAUGCCUGUGUGGAAACAAUCUGUUCUUCUUCAAUGAAAAGAGAGACAUGGAUUAUGUAGAGAAACUGGAUCUGAAAGAAUUGAUCUCACUGACAGAUGACAGCAGCCAGGAUCGUAACUUGGAUGCAGCCAGACUCAACAUGCAGAUGAAGGACGGAAAUAUAAAAUUCACUGUACCGAGUGCAGAGGCCCGCGAGCUAUGGAAGGGUUUCAUCUACUCCGUGACCGAGCUGUCGGUCCCAUCCUCCCUCAACCUCCUGCCAGGUCAGAUCCAGAUGCUGAAAGAGGCCGUCGAAAGAGAGAAAGAAAGACUUAAAACCACCACCACCCCUCUUCCACCUGCUGCCGCCAACUCCAGCCCUUACGUCAGCCUCACAGCAGAUAUGCCAGCCUGUUACUACAAUCGGACCCGUGUGGAGGCAGAGCUGCUGCUGGAGAGAGAGGCCAAGAGAGGGAACCUGCUGCUGCGGCCCGGAGGUGGUGGAAACAACUUCGCUGUCACCACCAGACAGGACCUUGAUGGCUCCAUUUUCAAACACUACCGCGUGACUCGUAAGCACGAAGGGGGCUUCAACAUUGACGUCGACGACCCUGUCCCCUGUGCAACGCUACAUGACGUGAUUGACUACUUGGUGGAAAAGACCGACGGAGUUUUGAUUCCUCUCAUCAUCGAGGAGCAAUAUGAGAAAAACAUCUCUUUUAUUCGCUCUGAUAAUGAAAAUGGAGAGAAGAGCGUUCAGCAGGCCCCGCCAAACCUUGUCCCACCAGCUCUUCCCCCCAAACCAGUUGCUGAAAGAGAACCGACUCCUGAACCAGUGCCAACAUCGUCUGAGGGAGAAGCCAUUUAUCUGAACGACCAGGAACUGGAGAAAGAAGUUCCGAAGAAAGCCAUGAUGCCUCCAACACCUGCUCCUCGCAAGUUGACCUUGCCUACAUCACACCCCUCGACUGCCGUAAGACAAAUUCCUCUCGCAGCACUGUCUGAGCUGAAAAUUAAGCUGGAACAAAAGGCGAAGUGUGUAUAGUGACCUCUGCUGGUCAGAGCGUCCCAAAUCUCUGACGAUGAAGAGUGACUUAUGUUUCCUGCGCGACGAGCCGACACACAGGAGCGGAGACCAGCUGCUUCCACACAGACGGCCUCUUCUUCCCCUGCGCCGUGGCUCUGCUCCUCCUCGUCAGCUGGCUGUCAGCAGUGCAGCCUCUCUGAAGAUUAACACUGUAUUGAUUCACCCGUCUUACACACUCAUUAGCAAAUGAAUCGGCUGUAAAGAGGGGUGUACGUGUCACAUUAUCUUCACCGCGUUUAUCUUGUACGUUUUGCACAUUUACCAUUGACAAUGGUUGUAGAUUUACCUGAUUAGAUUGUCUGUAUCAGAGUUGAUUUGUCUACUUUUCUUACUUGUACAUAUUUUUUACAUAGCCAAGAUGGCUAUAUUUGUUCUGCCUCAGAGGCAUGUCUUGUAUAUACAGUACCCAGCUGAGUUGGCUUAUAGUUACUAUACCUUGUUGUAUGUGAAUGUAUUGUGUAUACUUAUCCAAUGAAGUAAAACUCUUGCUUUUGUCACAUCGCCUCAGAUACAUGUGAACAAGCACGUUCAUGUAUGUGCUGCAACAAUUAAGUCUAUGAAUGGAUUAUUUGAUCAGAGGCAUACUUCACCCAAAACUAUUUUGAUAAUCAAUUGUUUCAGUCAUUUUUCAUGCAAAAGUGUCGAACAGUUGCUAGUCCCAGCUUCUCAAAUGUGAGAAUUUGCUGCUUUUCUUUGUCAUUUAGUAUCAUGAAUGAAGAGUCUUUGGGUUUUGGACUGUUGGUUGGACAAAAGCAGACUGGUAGUUAUAGACUAGUUGCAGCCCUACAUGCAGCAAUUAUGAUCUGUUAUUUUAAAGGAGACAUAUUAUGCUCAUUUUCAGGUUUAUGAUUUUAUUUUGAGUUGCUACUGAAUUGUACAUGCUUUAGUGCUCAAAAAGCACAUCAGUUCUCUCAUACUAUCCAGUGCUGCAGCUCUGUGUUCCCCCUCAGACUGAAACACUUUGUUUUAGCGCCGGUCUCUUCAAAGGGCCCCCCCUCCUCAAAUACUCUGCUGUGAUUGGUCAGCUCACACACGCCUGAGCCAGUGCCGCUCACUGUGACAUCAGUCGUUUGUGAUUGCAGCUUCUGUUUAGCUUCACUUCUACUGUGAAUAUUGUUUUUCAUUAUGCAUAUAUGUGAAAAGGUGACGUGGUUUGAUGUCACAAAGUCACUGAAUUAAAAGUGGGACAACUGACA